UGGAGCGGCAAAGGGAAGCGGAGUUUGACCGAUAAUAACCCCGCUGUACAAGCGCCGGCGGGGGUUCUAUAUAAGGCUCAUCUGGCUCGCCAUCGCCUGCUUUCCUUGAGUCACGGUUUGGGGGAGCGCGCAAGAGUUGAGGUGCCUGCUGGCCACCCUCUACUCACCAGCACCACCACAUUCCCCUUCUCCCCCCCCCCACCCCCAUUUAGCGCCGGAAAGCUGUCGGGCAUCGUCGACGACUCGCCCGGCCGUCAGUUGGAUCUAAAAGACCAGAAAGCCCCCAUCAAAACUGGCGAGCAGUUGAUGAGCAGCCACAGGGUUUCUGCUGUGUGCUGUUGCCAUCGGUGGUGCUCCUGGAGUGUACGGUGGGAAGAUGGCAUUCUGGACACAGCUGGGUUUGCUACUAUGGAAGAAUUUCACUUAUAGGAGAAGGCAGACGGUCCAACUACUGAUUGAAAUCACUUGGCCAUUGUUUAUCUUCUUUAUUCUGAUGUCUGUGAGACUGUCUUAUCCACCUUACGAGCAACAUGAAUGUCAUUUUCCAAACAAGGCCAUGCCUUCGGCUGGAACUCUGCCCUGGGUCCAGGGGAUUAUCUGUAAUGCCAACAAUCCUUGCUUUCGUUCCCCGACACCUGGGGAGACACCCCGCAUUGUUGGCAAUUUUAAUGAAUCUAUUGUUUACCGAUUGUUCAACGAUGCCAAACGCUUGCUAUCGUUUAGCCAGGACAGCAGCAUCAAGGAUGUACCGCAAGUGUUGAGAAAAGUGCUGAAAUUUGGGAAAUUUGCCUCAGGUGUCAAAGUUCAGGAUUUUCUGGUUGUCAAUGAGACAUUCUCUGAAUUUCUCCACCACAAGGCUUCCCUAUCGCAGCCUGAUAUAGAUGAAAUCCUGAAUGCUGAAGUCAAUCUCCAACAGAUCAUUACAUCUGGUUUCCGGAUAAGUGUGGAAGACUUGUGCAAUUCCACCAGGCUGUCAGAACUGGUUGCUGUCAAUAAUGGAAGUUGGGCCUUAAUUUGCUCUAUGCCAAAGGAACAACUUGCUUCUCUAGAAAGAGCAUUUCAGGAUAACAUGGACUUCAUAAAGCCACUUAUGAAAGGGAUAAACUUUAAUUCAACCCUGGAGGAUGUUAACGGAACUUUGGAGAUGCUGACGCAGAGCCUGGGGAACCUUCUUAAAGAGUUAGUGAGCAUGAGAAGUUGGAGUGACAUGAGACAAGAGGUGAUGUUCCUGACCAAUGUGAAUUCCACAAGUUCUUCUGCUGAUAUCUACCAGGCGGUAUCUCGAAUAGUUUGUGGCCACCCUGAGGAAGGGGGAUUGCAGAUCAAGUCCUUAAACUGGUACGAAGACCAGAAUUACAAAGCAUUCUUUGGAAGCAACAGCUCUGAAGACGAUGCCAUGGAUUUCUAUGAUAACUACACUACACCUUUCUGCAAUAGCUUAAUGAAGAAACUGGAAUCCAACCCACUUUCCAGGAUUAUCUGGAGGGCCCUGAAACCUUUGCUUGUUGGAAAAGUCUUGUAUAGCCCUGAUACGCCAGCAACAAGGACAAUUAUGUCAGAGGUCAACAAGACAUUCCAAGAGCUAGGUGUCUUCCAUGAACUUGGAGGCAUGUGGGAAGAGAUUAGACCAAAAAUAAAAACUUUCAUGGAAGAAAGCCAGGAGAUGGAUCUGAUUCGGGUUUUGCUGAAGAGUGAGUACCUUUGGAACCAAUACAUGGUUGAUUCAAAAUGGAGCAGGGAGGAGGUUGCCCAGUUCCUGGCAAAACACCCUGAGGAUGUUGGUCCAGUGAAUGGCUCUAUUUACACCUGGAGGGAUGCAUUCAAUGAAACCGAUCGAACCAUUAUGACUAUUUCCCAUUUUAUGGAAUGCAUCAAUUUGAACAAGUUGGAAGCUGUGCCUGAUGAAGGGUGGCUUGUCAGCAAAUCCAUGGAACUGCUGGACCAGAGACGAUUCUGGGCUGGCAUAAUUUUCCCUGAAAUUGCUCCUAAAAGUGUGGAUUUGCCCCAUCAUGUCAAGUAUAAGAUACGGAUGGAUAUCGACAACGUGGAAAGGACCAACAAAAUUAAGGACAAAUUCUGGGACCCAGGUCCUCGAGCUGAUCCUUUUGACGACAUGCGCUACAUUUGGGGAGGCUUCACUUACUUGCAGGAUGUAAUAGAGCAAGCAAUCAUCCGGACUUUGACAGGCUCCGAGAAGAAAACUGGUGUCUAUGUUCAGCAGAUGCCUUAUCCAUGUUACGUGGAUGACAUAUUCUUGCGUGUCUCGAGCCGGUCAAUGCCUCUUUUCAUGACUUUAGCGUGGAUCUACUCAGUAGCGGUGAUCAUCAAGGGGAUUGUAUAUGAGAAGGAAGCUCGGCUGAAAGAGACAAUGAAGAUCAUGGGCCUCAACAAUGGCAUCCUCUGGCUUAGCUGGUUCAUUAGUAGCUUCAUCCCCAUUCUCAUGAGUGCAGGGCUUCUGACAUUCAUCCUUAAGAAGGGAAACUUGCUGCCCUACAGUGACCCCACUGUGAUUUUCGUCUUCUUGUCUCUCUUUGGUGUAGUAACCAUUUCACAGUGCUUCCUCAUCAGCACCUUCUUCUCCAGAGCCAACAUAGCAGCUGCCUGUGGAGGAAUUAUCUAUUUUACUCUUUAUUUGCCUAAUGUCUUGUGUGAUGCCUGGCAGAGCUAUAUCGGUUUCUCUGUCAGAAUAUUUGCAAGUCUACUUUCUCCUGUUGCCUUUGGAUUUGGCUGCGAGUAUGUUUCCCUGUUUGAAGAACAGGGGAUUGGGUUGCAGUGGGACAGUUUCUUUGAAAGCCCUGUGGAAAAUGACAACUUCAGCUUGACCAUAUGUAUAUUCAUGAUGGUGCUGGAUAGCUUGUUGUAUGGCAUUAUGACUUGGUACAUUGAGUCUGUUUUUCCAGGUCAGUAUGGCAUUCCCAGACCUUGGUACUUCCCCUUUAUGAAAUCCUAUUGGUUUGGUGAGGAAUCUGGGGGACAGUGGCUCCCUUCUCAUGCUGCAGGAUCCUCAGAAAUUUGUAUGGAAGAAGAGCCAAGCCAUCUUCCCCUUGGAGUCUCCAUUAAGAACUUGGUGAAAGUUUACCGUGAUGGCAAGAAGCUGGCUAUAGAUGGUCUUACACUGAAUUUCUACGAAGGGCAAAUUACCUCCUUCUUAGGGCACAAUGGAGCAGGAAAAACUACCACAAUGUCCAUUUUGACCGGCUUAUUCCCCCCAACCUCAGGCACAGCCUUCAUCCUGGGUAAAGAUAUCCGUUCUGAACUCAACAGUAUCCGGAAGAAUCUGGGUGUUUGUCCUCAACACAAUGUCUUGUUUGAUGAGCUGACGGUGGAAGAACACAUUUGGUUUUACGCACGCCUGAAAGGUCUGCCGAAAAACUUGGUGAAAAAGGAAAUGGAACAAAUGGCUAUAGAUGUAGGCUUGCCUCACAAACUCAAAUCUAAGAUAAGCCAACUCUCCGGUGGCAUGCAGAGAAAACUUUCAAUAGCUCUGGCCUUUGUAGGUGGUUCUAAAGUUGUCAUUCUUGAUGAGCCAACAGCUGGAGUGGAUCCGUAUUCCCGAAGAGGAAUCUGGGAGUUGCUCUUGAAAUAUCGACAAGGUCGCACUAUCAUUCUCUCCACCCACCACAUGGAUGAGGCAGACAUCCUUGGAGACCGAAUUGCCAUCAUAUCUAAUGGCAAACUCUGUUGCGUUGGCUCUCCAUUAUUCCUGAAGAACCAGCUGGGCACAGGAUACUACCUGACCUUAGUGAAGAAGGAUGUGGAUUCCUCACUCAGCUCCUGUAGAAACAGCAGCAGCACAAUAUCUUACCUGAAAAAGGAUGACAGUGUUUCGCAGAGUAGUUCUGAUGCUGGCCUUGGGAGUGAUCAUGAAAGUGACACCCCAACAAUAGAUGUCUCUGCAAUUUCUAAUCUGAUUAUGAAGCACGUCCCGGAAGCAAAGCUGGUGGAGGACAUUGGCCACGAGUUAAGUUAUGUUUUGCCCUAUGAAGCUGCCCGAGAAGGAGCUUUUGUGGAGCUGUUUCAUGAGAUUGAUGACCGCCUCUCUGACCUGGGUAUUUCCAGCUAUGGCAUUUCUGAGACUACCUUGGAAGAAAUUUUUCUCAAGGUGGCAGAUGAUAACGGUGUGGAUGCAGAGACUUCAGACGGCACAUUACCCGCUAGACGAAACCGAGUCUUUGGAGACCGACAAAGCUGCCUUCGCCCAUUCACAGAGGAUGAUGCUUUUGAUCCCAAUGAUUCUGACAUAGAUCCAGAGUCUCGGGAAACUGACCUUCUGAGUGGGAUGGAUGGCAAAGGAUCCAGUCAGAUGAAAGGCUGGAAGCUGACCCAGCAACAGUUUGUAGCUCUGCUUUGGAAGCGGCUACUUAUUGCCAAGCGCAGCAGAAAGGGCAUUUUUGCUCAGAUUGUCCUCCCUGCCAUCUUCGUUUGCAUUGCUCUUGUGUUUAGUCUGAUUGUUCCACCCUUUGGAAAAUAUCCCAGUCUUGAAUUGCACCCAUGGAUGUAUGAUGAGCAGUAUACAUUUAUCAGCAAUGAUGCCCCAAAAGACCCUACUACUCAAAAGCUUUUGAGCGCUCUUCUCAGCAAACCUGGUUUCGGGACCCGUUGCAUGGAAGGAUACUCCAUUCCAGGGGCUCCUUGUUCUGUGGGAAAAGAAGCGUGGAGCCAAGAUCCAGUGCCUGAGAAUCUCAUGGAAAUCUUCCAGAAAGGCAAUUGGACAAUGAAGAAUCCUUCCCCAUCGUGCAUAUGCAGCAAUGACAAAAUCAGGAAAAUACUUCCAGUGUGCCCUGCUGGGGCUGGUGGCCUACCUCCUCCCCAGAGAAUCCAGGAGACCACCGAUAUUCUGCAGAAUCUGACGGGGCGCAACAUUUCUGACUAUUUGGUGAAGACUUAUGCACAGAUCAUUGGAAAAAGUUUGAAGAGUAAGCAUUGGGUCAAUGAGUUCAGAUACGGUGGCUUUUCUUUGGGAGCUGGUGGGUCUAUUUUGCUUCCUCAUCAUGAAGAAGUCAAUGACGCCAUCAAUCAAGUGAAGAAAAUCUUGGAAAUUGCCAAGGGGAGCGCUGCUGAACGGUUUCUGAACAGCUUCCAGAACUUCAUGAAAGGCCUGGACACAAGUAAAAAUAUUAAGGUGUGGUUUAACAACAAAGGCUGGCAUGCCGUUGGCGCUUUUAUCAAUGUGAUCAACAAUGCCAUCCUCCGCGCCAACCUACAAGCUGGAGAGAAUCCAAGCAACUAUGGCAUUACGGUCUUCAAUCACCCACUGAACCUCACCAAGCAGCAGCUCUCUGAAGUUGCCCUGAUGACUACUUCGGUGGAUGUUUUGGUCUCCAUUUGUGUCAUCUUCGCCAUGUCCUUUGUUCCAGCCAGCUUUGUGGUUUUCUUAAUCCAGGAACGUGUCAGUAAAGCCAAGCAUCUCCAGUUCAUAUGUGGUGUGAAACCAGUGAUCUACUGGGCAGCCAAUUUUGUAUGGGAUAUGUGCAACUACAUCAUUCCAGCAACUUUGGUCAUCAUCAUCUUUAUCUGCUUUCAGCAGAAAUCCUAUGUAUCCUCAACCAACCUCCCAGUGUUGGCACUCCUGCUUUUGCUCUAUGGGUGGUCCAUAACACCCCUCAUGUACCCAGCAUCUUUUAUAUUCAAGAUUCCUAGCACGGCAUACGUGGUGCUGACCAGCGUAAACCUCUUCAUUGGCAUCAAUGCGAGCGUAAUCACUUUCGUCCUUGAACUAUUCACCAGCAGUAAAUUCAGCAAUAUCAAUGACAUCCUGAAGUCCGUGUUCCUCAUCUUUCCACACUUCUGCUUGGGGCGGGGCCUAAUUGACAUGGUGAAAAACCAAGCAAUGGCAGAUGCCCUCGAAAGAUUUGGUGAGAAUCGUUUUGUCUCCCCUCUCUCCUGGAACCUAGUUGGGAGGAAUCUUUUUGCCAUGGCUAUAGAAGGAGUUGUGUUCUUUCUCAUCACGGUGUUGAUCCAGUACAGGUUCUUUAUCAAGUCUAGGCCUAUCAGUGCAAAGCUUCCACCUGUAAACGAAGAGGAUGAGGAUGUGAUUAGAGAAAGGCAGAGGAUCAUUGGUGGUGGUGGGCAGAGUGACAUAUUAGAAAUCAAAGAAUUAACCAAGAGGUACAGAAUGAAACAGAAACCUGCUGUGGAUAGAAUCUGUGUUGGAAUCCCUCCUGGAGAGUGCUUUGGGCUCCUGGGCGUGAAUGGCGCUGGGAAAUCUUCCACUUUUAAGAUGUUGACUGGAGACACUGAUGUUACAGGAGGAGAUGCUUUUCUGAAGGGAAACAGCAUUUUGUCUAACAUCGAAGAAGUCCAUCAGAACAUGGGCUAUUGUCCUCAGUUUGAUGCCAUUCAGGAAUUGCUGACUGGGCGAGAGCACCUGGAAUUCUUUGCGCUCUUAAGGGGAGUUCCUGAGAAAGAAGUCUGCAAGGUUGGUGAAUGGGCUGUCCGUAAACUAGGCCUUGUAAAAUAUGCUGAAAAAUAUGCCGGCACCUACAGUGGUGGGAACAAGCGCAAGCUGUCUACUGCAAUGGCCCUAAUUGGGGGGCCUCCUGUGGUCUUCCUGGAUGAGCCAACUACAGGAAUGGAUCCUAAGGCCCGCCGCUUCCUUUGGAACUGUGCCUUGAGCAUCAUCAAAGAAGGAAGGUCCGUGGUCCUUACAUCUCACAGCAUGGAAGAAUGUGAGGCCCUCUGCACUCGAAUGGCAAUCAUGGUGAAUGGGCGGUUCAGGUGCCUUGGCAGUGUCCAACACCUGAAGAACAGAUUUGGAGAUGGCUACACAAUAAUUGUACGAAUAGCAGGGGCGAACCCUGACCUAACCCCUGUUGAGAACUUCUUCAAGCUUGCUUUUCCAGGAAGCGUGCUGAAGGAGAAGCAUCGCACCAUGCUGCAAUAUCAGCUCCCAUCAUCUCCAUCAUCCCUGGCUAGGAUAUUUAGCAUCCUCUCCCAGAACAAAAAGAGACUCCACAUAGAAGACUACUCCGUUUCCCAGACCACGCUUGACCAAGUAUUUGUAAACUUCGCCAAGGACCAAAGCGAUGAUGACCACACAAAAGACUUGUCGUUGCACAAAAACCAGACUGUGGUAGAUGUAGCUGUUUUGACUUCUUUUUUGCAAGAUGAGAAGGUGAAGGAAAGCUGCGUAUGAAUACCCUUUCUCAGAAGGACGCAAUAGGCGCACUGAGCAGAAGCAGAAGGGGGAAAUGUUCGUCCUUUCUGUAUUAUGGAUGGGAUCUUCCCAAGUGGAAACAGAUCGAGGCCGAGGAGAUGGAGAUGGAAAUUAUAAAUGGGACGUCGUACUGGUAAUCAUUCAAUGCAAUGCAAUUCAAUGCAAAUGAAACAAUAUUCCAUUACAGAGGCAGGGCCUCUGGGAGAUGUUGCCUUGUUGUACUGUUCUCUAGUGAAAGACUUGAAUUUAGCUAUUCUUACAUUAUAAUUCUGUGAAACUCUAAUAUGGUGCCACCUGCUGCUACGUUGUCUUCUGCCAUACUCCCAGUUGUUUCUACUUAGUAUGUUGUGUGUUAAGAAUUACGUUAACAACAGUUCAGAGAUUUGUGGCCAGUGAUUUAUUUAUUCACCAUGCUAAGGUAGGCACAGUCCCUCCGCACAGGGAAAGGAACUGCUUGGGCACCACAUCAUUGCUGGCAAUGAAUGCAUCAACAGAACCAGUGACCAGCAGUCACUCCCAGUGCGAUAUUGUGGCCUUAUUUAAGUAUUAGCUAUUGGCCUGGUUGACCCAUACAUGCUUGAGGGGACUGGUAUGACAACCAUUAGGGGGUCUUAGUAGUGGGCCAUGAAGCACACCGUCAAAACAGGCUACUUUGAAUUCAAUGUUUCUUAAUGGCUUGUAGGAGAAUCAACGAACAAAGCAUCCAAGAUAAUUUAUGUCCUAAUGGUAUGGUGACCAAUUGCUUGUUUUUCCCCCUUUGCUUUUGUUGUGGAAUAGCUUUUGCUAUUUUUAAGUUUCUUUACUUAAGCUUGAUUGCUGAUAUGUCUAUUUUCUUGUAAAAGUACUAUCUGCAGGAGAGACUCGGCAAUCUCUGAAGAACUCUCUAUUAUCACCCAUAGUAGAGUAUCUUGUUUUCCUGCCUACCACAAAAUACCUAAAUGCAUAUAGCAUUAUUUCCAUCAAUGUUGAAAAUCUUCAGUUACAUCAUCACCUCUGUACUGGUUUUCAUAUAAUUUUAAACCAUACAAUGGGGACCUCCAACUUUGCCUAGCAGAGAUGAUGUUUCAGGGUUGAGGUUGGAGAAAGCCCUCUGGGAAAAAACAACAACAGCUGGGGGUCUUGAAGUCUUGAGUUUCCAUAGUCCUUCCAUUUCUCUUACUCCAUGGCUUUUAUGUGGCACAUACACUGAUCUCCUACUCCAGAUAUGGAUUGAAGGUAGGCAUUAAAAGUUGGAUAUGUGGAUGACAAGCAACUAAUAAAUAUAUAUAUUUUUAAAAAAAUAUGGUUCAUUUUUCAGCAACUGUUUAUUUGGAAAUUUAUAUGGAAGCUUUUUUUUUUCAGUCAGCCCUGAUAGUAUCUUUAAAUAAAAAGCUAAGAGAAGCAAAAUGGCUACAAACAUCUUUUUGUAGUACUGGAUAACAAACCAAUACUUGUGCUUAUCACAGCUGGCAUAUACUAAUAUUUCAGACAUGUCCCAAGCCAGGUAAAAUUCUGAAAUGAUUAGUUGCACUAAGUCCUUUUGAAGUCAGCAGGACAUCAAUCUGGAUCCUGUGCACUCUGUUUUUGCACCCAACUUUCAAUGACCUGCAAUUUAGUUUCUUUUUCUUUCUCUGUCUCUCUCUCUCUCUCUCUCCAUAUAAGUAGCUAUUUUUUCUACAAAUAUAAAUGCUCUAUUUUAGUAUAAAUUUAAAACACAUUUGAAAAUUUAACACAAUUCAAACGGAGGUAAACAUUAACUGUACAAUCCCUUGACACAACAGUAAGUCAAAAAACAACUGGCUUGGAGUUAAAUGACGGCUGUGCAAAUUUGCAAUGUAAGGCUGAAAUCCUAUGCAGGGUGACCUGGCAGUUAGCUCUACUGAUCACAAUGGGACUUCGGUACAGGAAUCAUCGCAUAUUCCUGUUGCUUUCAGUGGGGAGCAUUGAAAUCCUUACUGAUCUGUUUCAUUAGAAAUAAUGAUUUCUAGAAGUGCUUCUUGCUAAUAAUGGAGAUCCAGGCUAGGUUGGCUUCACACAAAAUACUAGUAAAUCACUGCAUACAAAUUUUCUUUUGUAUCAGAUAAGUUAGCCAAAAUUAACCUAAUUUAGGGGUGUCAAAACUCGAUUUCAUUGAGGGCUACAUCAGGUUUGACAGGGGGUGGGGCGUGACUCGACGUCCUGCAGCCCACUGCCAGCAAAAAUGGAGCCUGGAGCCAGAUCUAAGCAUCCUGCAGGCCAGAUCCAGCCCACGGGCCUUAGUUUGACACCCCUGUCCUAUCUGCUCUCUGUGGUAUGAUAUAAAAUCUCUGGUCAAGGAACCGAGCAAGAUUAUUUACUUCAUGUUAUGUGAUUAAAAUUGCUGUUAUCCUUCUGCAGUAUUUGUGAUACUGUAAAGAUAGUUUCAUAUGAAUAUAUUUCUUACAGAAGUUAAUACUUAUAGUAAGUCCCUAUUACUGUGCUUUUCCUCCCAGUUCUGUUCCAGUCCCUUCCCUUCUCUAAUAUGAUUGGUCCUUCAUUCCAAGCACUUUAUGCUGGCUGUAAUGGGAUCUAUUUUUGCACUGGAAUAUCUUAUAAACUUUGCAAAACAAUAGUUUCACAUAUACGCAAAAACAAUCUUUUAAGUUAAAAAUCUUUCAAUGGACAUUUUCAUGGAAAAACAAAUAUAUAUUUGUAUUGCUAAUAACUAUUUGUGAAAUAUUAAUAGGCAUCUGUUAAUUGCCUUGUAUAAAGUAAAGAAUAAAAGUGUUGCUGGUCUACAAAUCAUUAAGCGUUUGUGACAUUUAUGUUAAUAUAAAAAUUGUAGGAAAUGGCAUGGUUCUCUAUUUCUCAAUAACAAAAUAUUGUAGAUGUAUAGUAGCUGGCUAAUGCAGAAUUAGAAUAUGCAGUGUAUGUUUUAUUAAAAAAAUGAAGUCCACUGAUUAACUGAAUUCCAGUUUAAGACCAAAGAUAUUCCUGAAGAAGCAAUCACAUUUUAACCUGAAAAGAUCUGUUUAAUACUAAACGAAAAAUUUUCUGAGUAUGGUUCAGAUUAUUGGUUUUAUAGCUAGUCCUGGACUUAUGACUGUAACUAAGCUCAGAAUUAUGAUUGUUAAAUUGUAACUGCUAUGAGGCUUGGUUGUGGUAUGUUAAUUUUAGGGCAUAAAUUAACUCUUCAUCUGGUGAUGCUCCAUCUCAAAACUGUGGGAAACUGUGCUAUUAUCUUCAGCAGCUGGGAUCAAAGAGGGUUCUGGAGACCACAAAAAUAUGACUCUGGUGCCACCUGGGCCAUAAAUAGCUGGUUGUGAUCUCUUUGCUAAAAUACAAAAAUUCUAUGGGAUUAUAGACUCACUGUGUAGUCCCAGAUGUUAUAAUUCAAUCAUUUGGUCUCUGUUGCUUUUCUCUUCCCUCCCUUCCACAUUUUUUUUUAUUCAUGGCUUCUUGGAGGUCUCCCCACUUUCCUUUGGCAAAACAAUUUCUUGUUUAAUAGCAUCAAGUAUUUCUUUGUGUCUAGUUGGCUGGUUGUUUUUCCAUCUGAGUUUCUUGGAAUGUAUCUCUGCCAUCCUUGCCUUUUCAGUUCAGGAAACCUCAGUUUUGUUAACCAUAGACUUCCUCUUAUAUAGUCAUACCAAAGGAAGGCACUAUGUAAUGAAUUCCAGUUUCAAUACUGAAAGAUGAAAGAAGCAUUAUCUUUUAAAUAUGGUAAAUUGUUUCAAUCCUUUAACAUCUAAAAUAAAUACCUGCAUGCACUAAAGCAUGACACUCAAUAGGACAUUAAAUUUUCCCUCAGAUAGCCUAGUUUACUGUGGGAAAGAAUCUAGUUAAAAUAAGGUAAAGGUUCCCCUCGCACAUACGUGCUAGUUGUUGCCGAUUCUAGGGGGCGGUGCUCAUCUCCAUUUCAAAGCCCAAGAGCCAGUGCUGUCGGAAGACGUCUCCAUGGUCAUGUGGCCAGCAUGACUCAACACGAAAGGAGCACGGAACGCUGUUACCUUCCCACCAAAGGUGGUCCCUAUUUUUUCUACUUGCAUUUUUUAUAUGCUUUCGAACUGCUAGGUUGGCAGAAGCUGGGACAAGUAACUGGAGUUCACGCAGCACUAGGGAUUCGAACCAUUGAACUGCCGUCCUUUCAAUUGACAAACUCAGCUUAUUAGCCACUGAGCCACUGCAUUCCUUAGUUAAAAUAUGCAUGGUAAUAAAGCAAAAUAACACUGUGUACAUAUACACUCACAGCCAGAACACCCUUCAAAGCAAGUCUCCCCCCCCAAAAAACAAAAACAAAAAAAACCCUUGUCUGCUUUAAUGCUUUGAACAGCCCCAAUGAGUGGAUUUUUGUGUGGUAUAAAAGUGGAUUUACUAUCCUGGGUGCUAUGCGCUGUGCUGGAAAAAGAAUUCUUCUUUAUGUUUGUCACACUUGGCUGCAGGAUGUGUCCGUUUUUCCACUGUGCACACCUUGAUCUCCCAGCAAAGUUAUCAAUGCAUGAUGCAACAAGGGCUUUGCUUACCAGCUGGCUUAUCAUAGCGCCUGUCCCUAAUUAGGGUUGACUGGCCAAGGCAAUCCAGCUGGCUUCUGUGCCUUAAGGGAAAACUAGAUCCUGGAUCUUGUUAACCCUACAUCACACUAGCUGGGCUAGAAGGGAAUGAAUCCUAGUAGAAAAACAUUUGAUUCCACACUAAGUAACUUGAAAAAAAUUAACCGCCUAGAUUUUCCUUUUAAGAACACUUUCAUAGAGGUGUCAUGCCUAAAAUUGGAAGCCACAACUGUUAUUACAAAAAACCCACAAAAUAUAUGUAUUUCAAAAAGCCAUUUUAUUGUUUCAAUUUCAACAAUUACAUUUCAGGCACUGCAAUUCGAAUGAUUGCUUCAAAAAUACAAAAAUGUGUCUGCUACAUAAUAUGCCACUGCGAGUGACUCUCUCAGAAUAAAUCAGUUUAUUCCAUUUCUUUCUUUCUUUAGCUAGCUCUAAAUACAUGGGAAAAUUUACUUGAAAAAUGUUUUCAAUUUACUGCAGUUUUUCCAUGCAUUGAAAAGGAAAGAAAAGCUAGUAGGGACCUGAAACUGACAUAUGUUAUAGUAAAAAAGAAAGAAA